AUGGGCACCAUCACCGACAAGAGCAUUUCUAUCGCCGAACUGGUGGUAUAUAUCCCAGUUACAUUAUUGGCCAUCUUUGUUGUCUUUCGCCAUGGAUUUCACAAGCAACUGGGAUGGAUUUACCUCUGCAUAUUUGGAGGUAUUCGCAUUGCUGGAGCUAUCUUGGAGAUUUUGAGUACGCAGCAUCCCGACAACACAAAUGACGCAGAGUGGGCGAUGAUCCUGCAAUCCGUCGGUCUUUCGCCUUUGUUACUGUCGACUUUGGGUCUUUUGAAAAGAGUGUCAGUGCCGUCUCUGGAAUUUUUGGUAAACUACCAUUCCGGUGGCCAAGACAAGGUCCGCGGCGCAAUUAUUGUUUAUCUUCUCGUCUACCUUGCCGUAUGCCUUCUUUGGGUGAUCACUACCCGUGACCUCAGAAGCAUGGAUGCAGGUCAAAAGAGAAUAUUCUCCUGCGUGUUCAUUGCAUUGCCACUCAUCGCUGUUCGUCUACUAUACAGUCUCAUAAGUGCUUUCGGACAUAACAGCAAGUUCUCAAUCCUGGGCGGAGACCCGAAGGUCAAGCUCGGCAUGGCAACCAUUGAAGAGUUUCUUGUUGUGGUCAUAUACACUAUUCUGGGCCUGGGUCUUUCUCGCUCAACUAUGGAUGUCCAUGGUCGACAACAACAAGCUUAUCCCAUGGCGUCUGAGGAGGGUUCCGAAGAGUAUGCGCCCGGAUACAACAAUGUGCCUUAUGCUAAGGCUGGAGCUCAGCAGGCGUAUGAUCAGAAUUACGCACGACAGAGCCAAAGAGAGCAAACGAGAUAA